AUGUUUAUAGUGCGGUGCAUUCAUGAACGUCCCACUAUAGAGAAUUCGGUUCCUUCCAAGGCUUUCCAAUCGUCUUUCCCAGAAGGCGCACUUCCCUCUGACUCGGAAGAUAAGCAAGUGAUAUAUGGGGGUGGAUUUUUCCGUUUAGCAUUUAUCAGCAAAGAUUUUGAGAUUCAAGGCGUACAAAACACCGAAUGUUCGGAAUGUUUUGUAUAUGUUCUUAACACGUGUCUUGUCUUGUGGUUUGAAUCUGGAAGGUUUGGACUGAGCAUUCCCUACCAAUUAGUUUUACUUGCAGCGUUGCAAUCUGAUCCAGAGGGCAUAUAUCUGCAAAUAGAACCCAGAGGAGAUCUAACUGCAAGUCCAGAAUCAACUCUAGGAUCGAACACGGCUCUAGUGGAGCUCAAGGUUACAUAUGACGGAGUGCGCUCUGACGCAUUAUUGGAUCAAUUUCCCAAUUCUAUAAAUCAGACCUAUGAGGCAAUCGCCCAAUGCUCCUCAUUUCAUGAAGAUCCUAGUUCAGAUACUGAAGAUGACAGGGAAGACAACAGUCUUCAACAAAAAGACGCCUUCACUACCGAUCUCACUAACGGCGAAGCAGAUGAUUUAGCCCCUUUAUCUCAUUCGCCUACAUUAGGUAAAUCCGCAUCCAUGGCAGUUAAUAUUCUUGGUCAAAUAGUAGGCAUACGAACCCGAGAUGAUGAUGAAAGCGAUCAAGACGGUGUGCAUUAUAUAAACAAAAAGACUCAUACACAUUGA